UUAUUUUAAUCGUGACACUCAUUACCAAAAAUAAUAAUGCAGCACCGCCCACAUGCACAAUCAGUUUUUUAUUGAUAAAAGGGGUGACAGAGGAAUUUUGUUUCAGAGAUCUUCCUAUGCUUCAACUUGGGCUUGUCUUAGCUGGAGCUAGCUAGAGACAUACAAUAUGACAGAUGCUGCCGACUAUGAGGAAUUAGACUUCCCCCCUCCCCCCAAGCCCCCUCACACACGCUACUCACACACUCAGCUUCCCAACGAGUCUUCUUCUCAGCCAGUGGCUCCUCCCCGCACUACUAGUCGCUAUGUAGAGAGGGACAGGAAAGUAUCAGGUGAUGAUAAACCAGCCCCUCCUCCCCCUGCUUCCAAACCAGCCAAGAGACCCCUCCCUCCGCCCAAACCAAGGACUUAUGAAGCCCUCGAUCAAGAGGAUAGACCCUCUAUAACUACUGCAGUGAAAAUGGCUCAAUCAAUGGACGCACCCUCACUGCCUCCAAAACCUAUAGUGGUUGCAUCUCCUGCUAAGUCGGCUAGCUUUGAUGCUGCACACAGUCCAUUACUGCGUAGGACUAUGAUGUACAAAAAAAUAGGAGAAUUGCCUGGAGACCAGAUGAGUUUGUGUGAGUUUGUGAGGGACCACGGUCAAGAGCUUCCGCUGAGAGUCAGAGUGGAUGAAGGCUUCUGUGGAAGUGAUGAAAGGUUCAUCAUUUCAACUGGUGAUGUCUACAAUUUCCACUUCCUGAAAAAAGUGAAGGUUGCUUCGAUAGCAGACGCUGGUGGGGUUCAUUUCUCCGUGCCUCUCAACUCCUCAGUCAAGUUCGGCAUGCUCUACAAUCCAGACAAUGAUUUUCGGAAGUCCAUACAGGGAUACUCAUUUGAGACUGUGGCGGCACUCACGGUUGCUAAGGUCUGCCCCAAACUGGUUCUAUCAAAAACAGAGUGUUUGUGUACGGAUCCAAAGAGCUCUGUCGAAGCUAAUGAGUUGCUACUGAUUACUAAAGUUGGCAAAACAGCUCUAAAACGGAGGCCGUUCAUAAAGGUAGUGAAUCUUCGCAAUAAACAAGAGAAGACCCUGUACGACGAAUGCGAGGGUAACUUCACCACUACACCUGUCGCAUUGCAGAUGUUCCUGCCAGAGCUAUUGGAAUAUCUCACCGACAGUUUGCCUUUGCAGGCUAUGCUGUAUGUGACUAAUGAGACACAGGCUGAAUCUGAGUUUCCUUUGGACCUCACUACAGAGAUGAUCACUCUCACACAUACGAGUAUUGAAACUUCCAUUGUUGCUACUACUUACUGGGGGGAUGACGAGACUGGGCUGACGGAGGAAGACUUCAUGCCACUAGCUAUUCCUCUUGAACUGGAGAUUGAGAUUACAGUGUUGAAAGAUGAAAGUGAAGCUGAAGACUUGUACAGCAACACAACCACCCUCUUGAACACCUUCGACCCUUUAAAGGUCAAGGACAUGGCUGACGCUAGAACAGACCAAAUGGCACAGACUCGCUUCUAUAAGAAUGUUCGAAAAGGAUACGAAACAAGCGGAAUGCAACUUGAGAAGCCAACAAGGAUUUACGAUGCAGUGGGCCCCUCGCCAAUCCUGACGAGAACGUCACCCACACACCAGUCUUUCUUUCCACCUCCUGCUGUCCCCUUACCAACACCAGGUCGCAGAAGCCCGAGACCGGGAUCUAGCGAGAGAGAAUUGUCCCCUAUACUACCCAAAGAUAGAAAAACAUCUGAUUCCGGUUCAAUACAGCCUGCGAAGUCUUCUGUGGCCCAUAUUGAUUCUUCUUUAGUCGACCACCAACUGUCAGAUCUUCACUCGAACACAAGAGCUCUGAAGUGCUUACUUGAUGCCAUGCAAGAUAAUUCCAGUAAGAUAACGUCAGACUUAAAGUCUGAGCUGAAGCGUCUCGGACGAAUUGUUGAGAAUCUGGCUAGAAACUAUGAAAGACUGGAAAAGCAGGUCCAAGAUCUGAAGCAGGGAGAGAGUUCCUCGCCUACUGCAACUGCACAACCCAUGUAUGGAAACAUCCCCCAGGCCGCAAUUGACAACCAAAGUGAAAAGGUUCAAAGUGAAAAGGCGUUGCCGUUCAAUCCGUAUGGCAUUGCCAAUACCUCCUCAUUGGUAAAGAAGACUGCCGAUCCAGACCUUAGAGCUAAGAAUAAGGAGGAACUGGCUAGCAUGGAUUGUGGAGAAAUUCUCAGUCUGCUCGCUGCCCUCAACAUGUCCCAGUAUCAGAAAGUAUUUCUAACCGAGCAGGUGGACGGGGAGAUCCUCUGCGAGUGCGAUGAUGAAGUCCUACGUACAGAACUGAGUGUAACUAACUCGAUACAUCGCAAGAAACUCAUGAGCAUCGUAAAUGGUAGUCAGUCUUCUGUUUGCGUUAUUCAGAACAGUGUGUAUACUUGAUGUCUCUUAAUAAUUAUUUAAACACUUUGUCUCGUACAUAUAUAUAAUUACAUGAUUUAUUAAUUUUUGGUGGUAAUUUUUCUUAGAUGUCAGUUUUUAGUAGUCAGCUCAUCUGUGUUAUAAUUAUAAGCCCUACGUAUAGUAAAUUUCAAAAUGAAAGUGUCGAUCUCGUCAA